AUGGCGGCGCCCUUCAGCGCGAAGCGCAGCGGUUGGCAAGCACAGGCUGAGCUUCAACAACAUUGGCCCAGCCUGGACCUCUCUCGGGUUUGCGCGGUGGGUUGCGUGGUGGACGUGGCGUUGUCGGCUGUGUCUUAUCCACUAUGGCAUCUCAAAACACGAGAGCAGGUCCUAGGUCGCGGCUGUGCUCAGCACUUCCGCGAGCUGCUGCACCAAGCGGGGUGGCGGGGCUUUUACCGUGGCGCUCUUUUCGGCACCUUCGCCCUGCUGCCGGGGCAUUGCGUUUGGUACUUGGCCUACGAAGGGUCCAAAUGGCACCUCACUCCCUUCUUCCCGGAGCGAACGGCCCCUGCCGCCGCGGCUGCGGUGGCCGAAUGUUGCUACGUCGCCUGCGCAAUGCCUGUGGAGAAUGUGGUGGUGCGGAUCCAAUGUCGGAAAGCCUCCGCCCCUCAGCUGCGUUGGGGCGCCUCACUGCAAGAGCUCCGGAGAUUGUGGCAGGAGGGCGGCCUGCGGCGCUGGUGGAAUGGAAGCCUGCUAGGUUUGGCCACAUCUUUACCACAAUCUGCGAUUUGGUGGAUGGUCUAUGAGAACUCCAAGUCCUUCCUUCUUCCGGGGACCAAUGAGGCGGUGGUGAAGCAAAGAUCUUUAGGCGCUGCGGGCGCUGCGGUGCUGGCAUCCUUGGUGACGACCUUCCUUCUGAAUCCGUUGGAUGUCAUGAAGAGCCAAGUGCAGGCGGCCUCGUCCUCAUCACAGGUUCCUACAGCAGCCCUGAAGCAGUCCUUCUCCAAGCUCUUCUUGAGCGGCCUGGCUCCAAGGUUGAUGCUUUCGGGGAUCUUCGGGCUGUCGGAUUCCCUGAGCUAUGAGGCCAUCAUGUACUUGGGUCGUGCCACAUCACCAAGAUGA